GCGCAACUGUCGACCAUCUGCAACCACUGCAGAUUGAUAAAAACGAAAACAAUAUCUAUUAAUGUUACCCGUCGAAAAGAAACUCGUUAUUAAUUGAAAAUCAGCUUCGCCAGAUGUAAACUACUAAACGUCGUCUCCAUUGGGUGGACAUGGUGCAUUAGGGUAACUGCUAAGUACCUAGUCCAGCCGCCGAGGACCCAUUCUUCAGCUGCACAUCGAGCUGACUGCUGCCAACUGCCAACACCACGCUCACACAAUAUUCAUCCUUCUUUCCGAGUGGCCUACCUUGAGAUACUUAUUUACCUAACAAUGGAGCACAUCCCACGAGUGCGUGGCUCCAAGCUCCCGAUAGCUCGCCUCCGCGUCCCGCAUUUGGCAAGCGAUUGGGACUACGGCAGCCAGCGCCAGGGAUUCAACAGCUUUCUCGCAUUCCCCAAGAAGCAUAGGUUCAGUUCGCUCAUAGACCAGGAGGGCGCCGGUGAUGCGCUCGCCGCCCCAUCGAUUGGAUUCCUACAGGCAUGGCUGUUUUUCGGCCUCCUGGCUGAGGCUUUUGGAACCAACGAAAUGCGCUUUGACCCCAGUCAUUUCAUUAGCGAUACUGGCGAGGACACUAAAGUCAUUACAACAAAAGACUUGGAUCGAUAUAUAUGGUACUGGGACGCCGCGAUUGCGCAUGGGACGCGUGACGAGAUUGACGACCAUGCAGAAAAUCUGGACAAAUGUGUCGAGCUUGCGAACUCGGUCGUUAAUGAGUACUGUCAGCGGAUGCCGGUGCCCGCGCGAUACACUUAUUCUGAAGAGAAAGACAAAGAAGAAAUAGUAUGGUCGGCCCCAACAUCCGUCCUUUUUUCAAUCAUCACGCUGGUGGACUACCUGCGCCGCGCGCGCAUCGACAUCAACAAGUACAGUUUCGAAGCCAACCUUCCCAGCCUACGAUGGGAUUUCCCGCCGCUCGACCACGCUCUUUUGGAGGCGGGAUGGUGCGAGGGUGAAAUCGCUAAACUGAACCGGCAGGCUGAUUUCCCAACUCGUUUCUAUCUUGCUCAAAUAGACCGCUGGGUGCAAGGCAGAGACCAUAGCAAAUGUUCUGCUCAUGAUGGUUGCCAGGUGCAUCAGAUUGACGAACCAACUUACAGGACCAGACACCGGCCUGACUGCAAGGGUGAUGCAAUGUGCUGGGGUAUAGGUACUCCUGUUGAUGAUGUUACCAAGAUCAUCGCUGGCGGGGGGUACCCGGUCGUUAACCUGGCCGACAGCAAUAGGGAAGUGGAAGCGCAUCCAGCAAAACAGGGGGAUAUAUAUGUCACAAUCUCACAUGUCUGGUCAGACGGCCUGGGAAACCCGCACGACAAUGAAUUGCCAUAUUGCCAGCUCGUGUACAUCCAAGGCCUGGUUAACGCGCUAUACCCAGAGCCUCUACGCCCAGUAAAAUUCUGGCUUGACACGUUAUGUAUUCCGGUUGGCACUAGGGAGUCUGCAUUCCGAAGUUUGGCCAUCAAUAGGAUGGGAGAGACGUUUCGGCGCUCUAGCAAGACUCUUGCGCUAGACAACUCACUCAUGGCUCAUGAGCCAGAUUAUAUGGACUGGGUGGAAUUGAAUAUGCGCAUCAAGUACUGCCCGUGGGUGACGCGCGCAUGGACAUUGUUGGAAGGACGUAUGGGUAAAGAACUGCUAUUCCAGUUCAAGGGCAGCGCUGUUUCAUCAAACGUCGUGUUCAAUCGUUCAUAUGCGGCACGAAACAUCGCGGCCGUAUCCAAGAUGCUUCAACAGCGAGGGGUAGAGGACGUGCUCAAUGAGCCAGCCGCAGUCAAUCUUGUCCGAGCGCUGGUCCAGUUACCGAAGGAGCCGAGGCAAAGUUUAGAGAGCGACGAAGAGGACGAACAGGAGAACAUCGCGUAUCAGGACACUAUUCAAGCUGCAGUCAAAGCAUACCAGACCUGGAUGCCAAUUCUUAAAUCUGCUGGGCUCGCCGACAAUCCAUCAGAUAUAGACGACGAUAUGAGCGUCAAAAUUCAAACCGAUGUUUUUUGUCCUGUAAUAAAACACUCUAACUACGGCACACGAAAUAUUCGCAACGAGUUCUGGCUCGAAUCCAUCGAGACUUCGCGCGCUGAAUCAACAGAAGGAGGCCAACAGUGCCUCCCCCACGCAUUCUUCGAAGGAGUCUGCCUCGCGUUCCGCGGCCGAACAACAAGCAAGCCGGAGGACCAAGCCAUAUGUUUCGGCCAGAUGUUGGGUAUAGAUACAUCGCAGAUAAUAGAUCUCCGCCCGCUGCACCCGAGGUCGCGAUACUGGUUCACGGUCUUGGAUUCGCAUCCAGCCCUCCGAUUGUUCUGCUGGGCAGUGGGCUUUGACGCACGGGCUAAAUUGAUUGAGUGCCAGGAAGGAAGAAUAAAGAUGCUUUUGUCGCAGACUGGUAAGCUCCCCCUGUCUAUUCUGCUGUGGGUCGUGCCACGCAUGCAAUCAUUGGGCUGGAAAUGGGCGCCAUUGUCGCUGCUCGAUGUAGACCCCGGCACCGAGGGGACUUGGGCAAGUAACGAGCGAGGAACUGUCACACCUAAUGGCUUCACAGUCAGGUUCCCUGUGUUGCGCUUGAAAACAACAGAGAGCAUGACUACUGAGAUGGACUUGGACAUUAACAUCUGCGAUCCUGUUUAUUUCGUAGUCUCCACUGCGGACGACGGCCUGGGAGCUGGAAAUGCCAUUUUAAGGAUCCGUGUAAGCGAUUCCUCGUUGGGAGGGUAUAGAAAAUGGUCAGACAUUGUGUGCUCUGGCGUCCUAGAUAGUCUUGCAAUCUUGACUCGGCGGCGUGCAUCAGUCCAUGACCCUUUCAAGAACAGGGGUGUUUUGCUGGAGUUGCGUGGGACAAGGGACUCGCUUAACCUAGCCCAUUUCAGAGCUGUGGUUGAGAGGAUACAUGGAGCAACUGAGGAGUCGGUCCCUGCCAUUUCCAUAGAUGGAGUUUGGGAUUUGGACUCAACAUGGUGUAUUGGGUGAUGCUUAACUGCAACCCACCGUUAACACCAAGAGAACAGAAAAUGAGAUAUGAGGCCUGUUGACGUGUGUAUGAUAUUGAUGAUCAUAAAUAGCGAGAUAACGCGGACACAGAAUUCGGCAUCACGCACGAGAUAAUUACCUAUCCUUCCGUAAAUCGCUAGUGGAAGACAUCCAGUCCUGGC